UUUUCGACAGACGACGGGCGAGGAAAUUAUGCGCAGCGCGUUGUUGUGGUUAUUUUUUUUAUUUAUUUUUUCGUAAAUAUAUAUAUACCCAAAAGUGCAUAAUUGGAAUGAAAGGCAAACAUAAAGUGAACGAUUCGCAAGUGAUGUAUGUGCAUUUGGAUUUGGCUUUCGACUGAAAGUUAAGCGCACGAUAUUGCAGGCAACGCCACCAUCAUCGUUUGUGUGCGGAGCGGUGUGGUGUGCUGUGGAAAGGAAAGAGGGGAAGAGAAGCGAACGAACGGCGAGGAAUAUCGCAAAAAAAAAGUUGCAGCAAUAGCAACAACGUGCGUGCGUGUGUGUAGAAAAAAGCAUUAAAAAGCCAGAAUAAGAAGAAGCAACAGCGGCAGCAGGAAAGAAGCAAAAACGCAAACGAAACGAAUGAACGCAAGGUGGGAACCAAGAACAACGAACGACAGCAAAACGGGUGACAGGCGCGACAAGAAAGACAAGAAAAACAGGAGUACUAACGGCAUACAAAUUUACUAAAAGGGCGAAGACGGCAACGAAAACAACAACAACAGCAGCAGCAACAACAACAACGAUGUUAGCUAACGCCAAGAACAAACAAUUCAAAUAGUUUUCAUUUGGAUAAAGCAAAAAUCGCGUUUGCCGCUUGCCCCGCCGCCACGCUGUGUAUAUGUGUGCAUGUGUGCGUGUGGGUGUAGGUGCAUGUAUGUGUGCGUGCGUGUGUGUGUGUAUGUGUGUGACGAUGUGUUUUUAUAACACCGCCUAAUUCGCAGCCAGCAACAACAAAACGCUAGCAAAUUAUAACAGUGAGAAGCUGAAGCUGAAGCUGGAAAACAACACCAACAGCAGCAACUACAACAAUCGCUCACUUGAUCCCAUUUCACGCGUCGCCUCGCCUCGUCUCGCCUCUACGUCUCUUAUGUUGUUUUCUGUCUGUCGCACUUGCAGUUGCACACGAUCCGGCAUCGCUACGUCAUCGUCAUCGUCAUCGAGCUAUCAAGCUAUCGCCUAUUGCAUCGACAGUCAUCAUCAUCAUCAUCAUCAUCAUCACCACCAUCAUCAUUAUCAUUAUCAUCAUCGUCACAAGUUCCAAAACGGCGACACCAACUGACGUUGCACCAACAACAACAGCAACAAAAGCAGCAACACAAUGCCCAAAUGCGAUGUGAAAACCCGUUACAUUCCGGCGACUUUCGCAUGGAUUGUGCUGCUACUUACAACAUUUCUCUUCUUCUUUUAUCCCUGCCAAUACUAUGUAAAGAGUCAUCCAUGGGUGCUGGCCUAUCAGGGCGUAAUCACGUUCUUUGUGCUGGCAAACUUUACGUUGGCCACAUUUAUGGAUCCGGGCAUUAUACCCAAAGCCUUGCCCGACGAAGACUGCGAGGAGGAGUUCCGCGCCCCGCUCUACAAGAAUGCCGAGAUAAAUGGCAUUACAGUUAAAAUGAAAUGGUGCGUUACCUGCAAGUUUUAUCGCCCGCCCCGCUGCUCCCACUGCUCUGUGUGCAAUCACUGCAUAGAGACAUUCGAUCAUCACUGUCCCUGGGUGAACAAUUGCAUUGGCAGGCGCAAUUAUAGGUUCUUCUUCUUCUUUCUCGUAUCACUCUCCAUCCAUAUGCUGAGCAUCUUCUCGCUUUGCCUGUUCUACGUGCUCAAAAUCAUGCCCAACAUUAAACAGACGGCGCCCAUUGUCGCCAUGAUACUGAUGGGCCUUGUCACUGUACUGGCGAUACCGAUAUUCGGGUUAACGGGCUUCCACAUGGUGCUGGUAUCGCGGGGUCGCACCACCAACGAACAGGUGACUGGCAAGUUCAAGGGCGGCUACAAUCCGUUCUCGCGCGGCUGUUGGCACAACUGCUGCUACACUCAGUUCGGGCCACAGUAUCCCAGUCUUCUGAAGCCGAAGAAGUACGCAUCGCGACGAUCUCAGACGCAAAAUCAAGCAAUAAGCACUAUAUGCAACGAUCGGACCAAUCAACAGACCAAUGCCGGUAGCGGUAGCGGAGCCGGAGCCGGUGGCAAUGGCAGUACAGCCGGCGGCGUCGGCAGUGGAAUGCGCGGCACCUCGGUACAAUAUUCACCCCGCUCCUACUACGAGUCGAGUCGGGAGAAGCGUGGAAUUCAGGUAAAGACUUAUAUGGCCGAGGGCAAUGGUUAUAAUCAGCGGUCGGGCAGCACAACGCUUUAUAGUAAGCUGUCACCGGGACGGGAGUGCUCCGAUACGGACCUUGAGCCGCCGCCCGCCUCACAGAGUCAAGACUGCGAGCCGACUCCGCCGCUGCAGCGGCACAACUCGACCAACUUCUACCUGCCCCAGGUGAGCGACACCGCGCCCGGCAUGAAUAUGAGCAACAUGAACAAUGGCAAUAUUGCUAGUGGCGCAGGUGGUGUCCCCAACUCAUCGCAGACUGGCGGCGGUGGCGACUCACCGCGACACCUGCGCAUCUAUCAUCCACGUCACAGUCCGCACGCGCGAACCAGGGGCCUGGAUCCGCAGCGCGGUUACACAAGCGAUGCGCUCUCGCCGGACCAACCGGGCGGUGGCUAUGUCGUUAAUGGUCAGCAGGGCAUAUCAGUAGCACAAAGCCAGCGCGGUGGUACCACAACGGCCACGCCUACCAUGCAACAACGAAUCAAGCCACUGGGCGUGGCUACGCCACUCGUCAUCGCCAGUCCAGUGAGAAGAUCCAAUCCGGGUACACCCACGCAGCCGCGACGUCCCGACUUCAUAGGCCUGAAUGCACAGGCGGCACAGCAGCAACAACAACAGCAGCAGCAACAGCAGGCGGCCGCAGCGGCAGCUGCCUACUAUGAGUACACCAGCGGCCUGCCGCCGCAGCAUCCGCAGGCGCCAACGAUUCAACAUCAGCAACAGCUGCUGCUACAACAGCAGCGUGUUAUGCUGCAGCAUCAGCAACAGCAACAAGCGCUGCAGCAGCAGCAGCAAUCGCUGGCGCAGGCUGCCUAUGGCGGCAGCCCACAGCGUCGCUUUCUGUCUGAGGGCGAGCUGGUGCGACAGGGCGCUGGCGGGGAGCUCUCCUAUGCGCGUUCGAACAACACGGUGGACAACAUACGCGAACUGGCUGGCAGUCCGCAGCGCGGCGUCUACAUGUGGAAGGACACCUCGCCCGGCUUUAGUAGUGGCGGCGGCCCGGCUGCUGUCAGCAUUGGCAGCAGUGCGGGCACACUGCCAAACAGCAGUAAUGCGGUUGGCAUUAUGCAGCAUGCCCAGUACAUAACAGCCGGCGGUGGUGCCCAUCCACUCAUCAUGACCCACUCACGGCUGCAGGACUAUGCCAACCAACAGCAGCAGCAGCAGCAGCAGCAACAGCAACAACAACAACAGCAACAAGCAGCUGUUGCUGCCGCUGCAGCGGCUGCCUCAUAUCAUCGCUCCAAUCCCACAAGCCCUACGACCAUGCCCCAAACGUCCGCUGCACAAAGCUACAUUCUGCGCUAUGGUGGCGGCGUCGGCGGUGGUGGUGCAGCUGCAGCUUCAGGUAGCAGCGGUAGCAUUGCCAAUGUGCCAGCUUCCAGCAAUGCCAGCUCUGGAUCUGGCGGCUACCAGCCGCAGCUGCGCGGCGGUGUUCCAGUUUUUCCGCCAAAUUCGCUGGCCGGCGUUAAUGUGAGCAACGCAGCUGGUGCGCUGCAGUCCCAGCCAUCCCCACAGAUCAAGCGCAAGCAGACGCCAACGAGGCCAAUGAGUUUUGUGCGCGCCCUGGAAAUGACCGACUCCAUGGAGAUGCAGACACUUGAGCAGCAGCAAGCGGCAGUGGCGGCUGCAACCAUGGCGCGCAACAAUGGCGGUCUGCCCAGCGGCGUACCGACGAGCCUGGCACAACAGAAUGCGGCAGCUGCAGCCGCGGCAGCAGCUGUUGGACGUAAUGCGGCAGCAGCAGCAGCCGCUGCUGCGGCAAAUGCCACUGGCACUCCGGAUCGCGCGAGCAUCUACGAUAUGAACUACGAGAUCUCCGUAUAACCCGUGGUUGUGCCCGUCGUCGUAAUGCCACCCGCCUCAGCAACAGCAGCCAGCAGUGCAGUCGCCACUGCAACGGCGACGGCCGCCUUCUACGCGCAGCAACAACAACUGCAACGCGCCAUAUUAAGCAAUGGGCCAGAACCGGCGGCGUACGCUUCGGUGCCCAUACCCAUGCCCGUGUCCGUGCUGGUCGCCAAGCACAGCAACGGGAGCAACCAGAGCCACCUCAACAUCAGCAAGACGCCAAACAAGCGCAAGUUCUCCACGUUCUUCUGAAGCUUCAGUCAGAUAUAUAGCUAGAUAGAUACAUAUAUAUAUAUAUAUAUAUAUAUAUGUUUAUGUAUAUUUUAUACGCACGUAUUGGGAAUCGCUUAGCAGCUCGGUUUUGCUCUUUUAUUUUUUUUUACUUUUAACGUUUUGUUUUAUUAUAUUCGGAUAUGAUUUUUUUUAUUAUUAUUUAUUCAUCUGUUUUUUUUUUUAAUAAGUAGCUUAAAUAAGAAUUUUAAAGUUGGUAACACACUUCGGAAGAACUGUAUAUAGAGAAAACUAUUUUUAAGCGUUUAUUUUGUACGCGCUUUCAGUCUCCUACGCAUAAGACACGGCAAUUCUUAGUGUUUUCUUACUGUCAAAAUACCAUGAUAAACGAAACUUGGUAAACUUCAAUUGAAUUAAGUUACGACUCGGCACGCUUACAAUCGAGCAAAUGCGAUUUGUAGUUUAUCAAAUUGUUCACGAAAGUAUAUAUCUACUAUAUACCUUCGCAUAUAUUUAUAUAUAUAUACGUAUACAUAAAGAUAUAUAAAUAUUUGCAUUGCAAUCAAAUUGAAUAUAUAUUGACAGUCAGGUCAGAAAUAAAUUGUGGAGCUCGAUUAAGAGUUUGAUUACGAGUUUAAGUAGCUAUCUACAUAAUACCAUGUACUACUACUAUUGCAACUACACCUAAUGGAAAACGCCAAAAUUUAUAACCGAGUAUCGAAGAUAACUUAAUAUAUCUAUAUGCAUGUGCUGAAUGCACAGUGUGCA